GGAACUAGGAACCCUGGGCGGUUGUGGGCGGUGUGUAGCCGGGGGGCGGGACCCGGGACGCGGGCCUCCGAGCUCCGAGAUCGACGUCGGGGCUCCGGGCGGCCGGGGUCGGCGUCCCGAGACGGAGGCCGAAGGGGGCGCGUGCCUCUGGGAAGUGCCGGGGGUGGGGACGCGCCUGUGUCCACUACCCGCCCGCUCCCUCUCAGCUGCGCGCAGGCGAGGCCGCCGGGGUCGGAGCGCAGGGCUCCGACCAGGUCCGCCUUCUCGCCCGCCGCGUCCUGCGAGCGACCCUGGUGAGUCCCUGGCCCUCUCCGAGCGCAGCCUUCUCCAUGGUCACUGGAGGAUGAGGAUGGAGCGCGUACCUUUCAGGGGCGUUGCGAGGAGUGUAAGAACAAAGUAAAUAAAGUGCUUAGUGUGUAGUAGAGGACUGGAAACGACGUGAAUCUCUUACUGGAGCGCAUUCGUACGGUGGAAUCUCGCAGAGCGGCUAACGAAGAAGCAUUGUUAGGUGGAAAAGCAAGUUGCAAAAUAGAGUCUUCGUCCAGAUGCCCACCCGGCUGCCACAGGAGAUUCCUCUGGGAGACUGAGGGGCAGGCUCGCAGGCCCAGAUUGAGGCCAACCAGUCCUUAGGCCAGGGGAAUGGCAGCACCCCCAGAGCCUCAGGAUGAGGCUCCUGGGGAGGGAGAAGGGCUGCUGAUCGUAAAGGUAGAAGAUUCCUCGUGGGAGCAGGACUCCGCCCCGCAAGAAGACAGCAGGGAUUCUGAGGCCUGCCGCCAGCGCUUUCGGCAUUUUUGCUACAGGGACGUGGGCGGGCCCCACGAGGCCUUCAGCCAGCUCUGGGAGCUCUGCUGCCGCUGGCUGCGGCCUGAGCUGCACACCAAGGAGCAGAUCCUGGAGCUGCUGGUGCUGGAGCAGUUCCUGAGCGUGCUGCCCGGAGGCGUCCAGGACUGGGUGCGCGAGCGGUGUCCCGGCAGUGGGGAGGAGGCCGUCGCCUUGGUGGAGGUCCUGCAGAAGCAGCCGGCGAAAGCGUGGCCACAGGAAGUGCCCUCAGAGGAGGUGGAACCCGAGGCCACAGUCCAGGGACCCCCGGCCAAGGGGCUUCCCGUGAAAGUGGGGGCACGAAGCUGGCCACCUGUACUCUGGGAGCAGCACAGCCAUGGCGCCCAGCUGCCUGCUCUUAAAGAGGGGAGUAGCGGAGAGAACACCGGCACCAGCUUUGCCUCUGAUGUCCACGGACCUGUGACGUUUGGAGACGUUCCCUUCUAUUUCUCCCGGGAAGAAUGGGGGUCCUUGGACCCUGCUCAGAGGGAUCUCUUCUGGGACAUAAAGCGGGAAAACUCCCGGAAUGUUGCCCUGGCUCUGGUCCCAGAACCCAGUGGAACCGAAGAGGCCGCCCCCUCUCGGCUUGCAGGCUUGGGGCCCGAGAGCCAGAGCAAGCAGUCCCGGCUGGAGGAGGCCGCCGCGGCGCUCCAGGGCCAGGCCGGCGGUGGCGGGGGCCGUGGCGGCGACGUGACUGUGUCCCGGAGCCACGAGGAGGCCGAGACGUGGCGGGGCGAGGCCCGGCCGGGGGCUCCCCUGGGGCGGGCCGCGGGGGCGCGGAGGGGGCGGCCGCCCACGCGCCGGCGGCAGUUCCGGGACCUGGCGGCCGAGAAGCCGCACAGCUGCGGCCAGUGCGGCAAGCGCUUCCGCUGGGGCUCGGACCUGGCGCGCCACCAGCGCACGCACACGGGCGAGAAGCCGCACAAGUGCCAGGAGUGCGAGAAGAGCUUCCGCAGCUCCUCGGACCUGGUGCGCCACCAGGGCGUGCACACGGGCCAGAAGCCCUUCUCGUGCGCCCAGUGCGGCAAGAGCUUCAGCCGCAGCGCCUACCUGGCCGACCACCAGCGCAUCCACACCGGCGAGAAGCCCUUCGGCUGCAGUGACUGCGGCAAGAGCUUCUCGCUGCGCUCCUACCUGCUGGACCACCGGCGCGUGCACACGGGCGAGCGGCCCUUCGGCUGCGGCGAGUGCGACAAGAGCUUCAAGCAGCGCGCCCACCUCAUCGCCCACCAGAGCCUGCACGCCAAGAUGGCCCAGCCCGUGGGCUGAGGGCUGGCGGGGGCCGCGUGGCCCAGCCGGGGACGGGGCGGUGUCUCCCCCCACUCCGGGCUUCUCCACCCGUGGGCGUGGGCGGCCACCAUCCCUGCGCCCCUGCUCGGCCCCUGGGCCUGGCCGACACUCCCGGGGAAUGGAAAUCCCCUGUCUGUCACCUCCUGGCCAUUCCCUGUCUUGCCCCUGGGGUUUCUCUUGCCCCUCUGGCUUCCUGAAGCCCCAGCACAUUCCCGGCCCCUGGCCUGGUGGGGGGCGGGGGCGGAAGGCCAGGGUGUCAGGGAUGUGUGAGGACAUCGUCGGCAGGGCUCUGGGUCCCCGCCCCCCAGCCUUGCUUGCCCUGUGGCUCAUGUUCCCUGCGCCCUGCUGGGGCCCUGAGCCUGGCCCUCUGCCCUGCCAAGCUGUGCCUUCCGGUGGGUGCAGAGGACAAGCCUUGACCCACAGGGUGCUGCCAGGCUCUGGGAGGGACAGCCCAGACCUGUGAGGAUCUGGGUCCCCGGCGUGGCCGCAGGGGCUUUUGGCCCUACACCCCCUCCCGUGGCCAGGCCCUGACCACUGCCUGUCCGGAGGUGGGGAACUGCCCGCCUCUGCACUUGGCUGACUUGCCCCCAGUGAGUCCCCGAGGGCCACCCCCUGUCAAUCUAGUGAGGGUGGUGGUGGCUUCAGGGACAGGAGGCUGACAGUAUAGACAAGGACGGGGCCUGUGGAGGCUGGCUGCUCCCCGCUGCUCCCCUCUCCAGAGGUGUGGGCUUUGUAAUACUUAACACUAGCACUCUGUCAGCACUUGUUGCUGACUCCUUAAGCACUGCAUUCCACAGCGCCACCUGCAUUGUCUGCAGAUUGGCAUUCCCAGGGACAGACCACAGGCUCUCUAAAGGAGCUGGGCCCUGCUGUUCUCAAAAGGGCAGCAGAGGACUUUGAAUAAAUGUGGAAACUUUCUCCAGA